AGUUUGGCGGGUAACGUCUUGCUUUGCGGUCGCGCGGCUAGUAUCGGUACACGUAUUGUAGCAAAUUUAUGUGAACGUGACAAUGUCUAUGAGCAUCAAGCUUUUACGAUGGUUCGCCGUUGUAAAUAUUGCUUUGAGAUUACAAGUGGAGGGAAGCAAAUCGAUACUUGGAGCGUACUGUCGAUCGAAUUUGGACUGCAAAGUAUCGCACGCGCACUGCAGUAGAGGCGUCUGCGAAUGUCAACCUUAUUAUGCCAAAGUUGAUAACUCAACGUGUUUAGAAUCUACACUACUGGGAUCGGAGUGCGUGGUUUCAGAGCAAUGCACGUUAAAGGUAGCAUUCAGUGCCUGCUUAGAAGGAGUCUGUCGAUGCACUGAUGGCCAUUUGCAGUUCAGGAAACACACCUGUUUAUCACCCGCCCAACCAGGAUAUGUUUGCUACAGUAACGAACACUGUCGAUUGUGGGAUAAAGAUAGUCACUGUGAAUUUGUCAUUCCGAACCUCUUCGGUCGGUGUGCAUGCAAUCCCAAUUUCCGUCAAGUUAUUGACAAGUGUAUAACACAAAAAUCACCUCCAUAUAUCACUGAAGCAGUAAUUGCUGAGCAAGAUUUCUUUACUGGAGACACACGCAAUAGUUCAAUAGUAAAUCAGGGAUCUACUGUUAACUUUCCCAAACCAACAGCACAACUCACGCCUGAAUCUGGAGACCCUUUUGCAUCACAAAAUUCGGUUAUAAACGCCGAUGAUUCUCAGCCAAGUAAACUACCACUUUAUGCCAACAAAAAUGAUUUAAUCACACAAGAAGAUAGUCCGUUGAUGCAAGCCGUAUUGAAAGUGCCAACUGCUGAACCCAUAAAAAGACUUCCAACGUCAAACAGAAAGGAUGGAGAACCAAACGAGACUAUAAGUGUUGAUGAACUAACGGCUAACUUACAUGCUAAUGAUCAGCCUAUUUAUAGAGUAGUAACGCAACCAUCUGUUGAAAAGAAAGGAACUAAGAAAGGUGGCAACUCAAAAGAGCAGACCAGUAGUAAGCAACAAAAGACAGGGCAUCAAAAGAAAAUUUCUUCAUUAAAAGAUAAACAUCGUAUUCGAACAGAAGGAUCACCAGUUGUAGAUCUGGGUCCAGCUUCGCUCGGUAUGCCAUGUCUAACAGAUUCUCAGUGUCACUCAGUGGAUCCCUAUACCCGAUGUCUCAAUAAGAGGUGUGACUGCACUUACAGAACUAAUUCUACAGGCUCCUGUUCAGCACGUAACAGAGGAUGUCUACCAGGAACAUUUCAGUGUCGAUCAACGGGUUCGUGCAUCAGCUGGUAUUUCGUGUGUGACGGCCGUAAAGACUGCCCGGACGGUUCGGACGAAACAUGCGAAGGUACUGGUAAAGAUGGAACAGGCGAAAGGUGUCCUAUGCAUGCAUUCCGGUGCGGAGGGCCAGGAUCCCGCUGCGUUUCGCGAGCUUCCAGGUGUGAUGGCACCCCACAGUGCCCUGGAGGCGAAGACGAGAGGAACUGCAGAGCGACAAGACGCAAAGGAUGUCCUAGACACACAUUCCGUUGUGGAUCCGGAGAAUGUCUACCAGAGUAUGAAUUCUGCAACGCAAUCAUCUCUUGCAAGGAUGGAUCUGAUGAACCCCCACAUCUUUGCAAUGAACAAUCCAGAUGGCGGGCAGCGGACUUCUGCCCUCUCCGCUGCGGUAAUGGACGGUGCAGAAGCACAGCGGUGGCCUGCUCAGGUAGAGACGGCUGCGGUGAUAACAGCGACGAGAUUGCUUGCAACGUCUGCAGAUGUCCUGCCCCACCACAAGCACCAUGAAAAUUAGCACAACAGAAAAGUACCAAGACUUUAUCAGUGAAUCAUUCAAGAAUCUCAUCUUCAACACGAAUGUAACUAUUUUAAAUCUAGCCAUUUAAUUAGUUUGUGGUAUUGAGAGAAUAGAACUACUUAAAUAUAAAUUUAUUCUACAAUUUUAGCGCAAGGAUAUUAAGUCAUAAAACUAAUUGUAGAGAUUAGAUUUAUUUUUGCACUUUGACGUUGUUACAUAAUUAGCCUACUAGAAUUAUAUCUUUUGGUUUUGAAAAAUAGGACGAUUCAUACAUUUUUCGUAACCAAAUUGAUGAUAAAAACAUUCGUGUAAAUGUAAUAAGUAAAUAUGUUGACGUAGGAACCUUGAAUUAAAAAAAAAAAACAUUUCUUCGUUUCUUGUAAAAUUCAGAGGCUUGAUCAGAGAUUAUUAAACUUAACAAUAGGGAUGAUAACAAAAUUUUGUUUGUUUGUACGUCAGAUAAUUGAAGAAUAAAUUACGGCGAUUGACUUAAAAUGCGUCAUGCCUUUGUACAUUUUUUACAUGGUUGUGAGGUCAAUUUCAUAACUUUAAUGCCUUUAAAAAAUAUUUAUUCAAUAUUUUUCUUUUAUUUAACAAUUGGAUUACGUAGAUUUUUUUGUAUCCUGUCGUCAUCCCUAUUAUAUACUUAUUAAUUACAUAUUCAGUUAAUUAUUUAAAUUUAGGAAGUACCGUGCAUUAAUAAGACUGAGGAUUAAUAAUUCAAAUUAUUUUUGAAUUUAGGGGUAGUUUCAAUGCAGGUUAGAGUUAAAUACUUAAAGAUAUUGUAAAUAUGGAAUUAAUAAUAAAUUAUGUUGUUUUAUUUGAUUAAACAUUAAGAGUUGUUCUGAUGCAUGUGUAUAGGUUUUGACGCGGUACGGUAGUUUUAAAAUGUUUCUUUAGUAAGCCUACUAAAUAAUGAGCCAUGUUAAGAAACUAUAUAAAACAGCACUUAUCUUUAAUUUUCUUACGAUCACUAUCAAAUUUUCUUAAUAUAGUUCAACAGAAAAAAAUAGACAACUUCCCUCUUUAUGUGGUAGUUAUAUAAAGGUAGAUUCCAUUCCAUUCAGCCAUUUGAUAUAUAAUACUAUAUAUCCUUUAAAACAGUAUUUAUAUAGAUUAAAAACGGUCAGUAUGAGAAAGCUGAAAACUAUAAAAUAUACGAAGAUUCUUAGAAACCAUAUCAUCGAUUUUAGUG